AUGAGCUGGGUUAAAAAGAUUCAAAGCGAACAAGUCAGACAAAUCAUCACUCAACUUUUGAACGAGUCAAAGGAAGCCAAGAGAGGAUUCUUGGAGACUGUCGAGCUCCAAGUUAACUUGAAGAACUACGAUACCAAGAAGGACAAGCGUUUCUCUGGUCAAAUCAAGUUGUCCACCGUCACCAAGCCAAAGAUGAACGUCUGUGUUUUCGGUGAUCAACAACAUUGUGAUGAAGCCCAAAAGAUCGGAGCUGAAUUCAUGGAUAUCGAAGCCUUGAAGAAGAUCGGUCCAAAGAACAAGAAGGCCAUCAAGAAGCUCUCCAAGAAGUACGAUGCUUUCCUCGCCUCUGAAACCAUCUUGCGUCAAGUUCCAAAGCUUUUGGGUCCAGGUCUCAACAAGGUCGGUAAGUUCCCAUCGCUCUUGACUCACUCUGAAGAUAUGGCCACCAAGAUCAACGAAGUCAAGUGCACCGUCAAGUUCCAAUUGAAGAAGGUUCUCUGUUUGGCCGUUGCCGUCGGUCACGUCAACCUCUCCGAAAGAGAAAUUGCCACCAACGUUAUGCAAUCAAUCAAUUUCUUGAUCUCCCUCUUGAAGAAGGGAUGGCAAAACAUCAAGACCCUCUACGUCAAGUCCUCCAUGGGUCCAUCCCACCACAUAGCAUAA